AUGUGUUCAGUAAGCGGGAUGGGACCUUUACCGAGAAAAAGCUUUCCCUGCGUACUUCUCCUCUUUAUUCUUCUCGCAGAGGGACAUUUCCGAUGGGUGAGUGUUUUUUUUGUGUCGUUCUCGUGACUAAAACAUGACUCAGCUCGGGCUGUUGCUGCUGUGAUGUUUAUCCGAGGCGGCUAACGAAAAUAACACGCAGUUCUCUUCAGCUAUUCAGGGUUUAAACUCUUUCUAACCUGGAUAAAAAUAACAUUAGUCACUAAUUGGAUUAGUACUAGUUCCAAUAUAGCCGUAGCUCAUAUAAACGGUCUGGUUGGACAGUGUCUGUGCUGAAUUACCAUCGAAACUGGAUCAGAUGUUAGCUUUGACAUUCCUCCCAGAUACUGAUACUGAUGGUACAGGUUGUAUCCUGGAGCCAGGGGUUUCGCUAUGACACAUCAGGAAAGGCUUUAUUUCUUACCAAAUAAAGAAAAUAAAGCCUGGAUAAAUAUUUUUAAGGAGAUAAAGUGCACCAAAAAUGCUGCUAUUUCCAACUGAACUGCGCAGUUAAUGUCUACAUGAUGUCCUCUCCUUUAGUUUGUAGUUACUCUAUACUGCUGUUGUAUACCUUUCAAACAGAUAUGCAUGAGUUAAAAACAAGUACUUACACGGGAAUAAGGAACAAAAAGCCGUGUGGUAAACCUCAAGUAUGCUGAUCAUCAUAUAAAAAAAGGAGACAAACUUAGGAUGAACUUGGUCACACAGAGAAGCCUAAACAUUAGGGACACCUGGACAAUACAAUGCAAACUAACACAACAUAUCUGCUUUUAAGAGGCUUCUACAUUUGAGAUUUAUGUUGCUAUGAUCAGACAGAUAUUGAUGAAUUUGUAAUGGGAGGUGUCAUGUUAAAAGGUGUUCCUUAUAUUUUUGUUAAAUGUUGGAAAAACCUUAUAGCAGCUCCAUGAAAGAGGAAUUUGUGGUGGAGCUGCUGUAUUGGGUGUAUUUUAGUUUAGUUCAUUCAUUUGCACAUGACAUUUCCUGGGGAGGUUAGAAGCCAGAAAAGCUUGUCAAAGUACCUCCUCCUGAUAUAGCUACAAAUAACUAGGCAGCAGUGCAACUAUCAAAAAAUAAUAAUAGUUAAUAAAUCAAUAAACAUGCAGAAACAGCAAUAAAAUUUAACAGUAACAAGGAAAUAAAUUACAUGACACGAAUCCAAUGAAUCCAAGAUCAGUUUGUCAAAACCAUCACAAUAAUGACCUCUUUAACUGCCUUUUGAAUGGUGAUAAUGAGGAUGCUGACUGUAGAGUGUGAGGUAGUUGGUUCCACAAAGAUGGGCCUCUGUAUUUUAGUGUGGAUUAGUUCAGGGAUGUCCGACAAAAAGGAAGGUGAAACUCCUUAGAAUGCCUCGUAUAAUAUGAAAGGACCUCUGAGGUGGACUUGAAGAAAUUCCAGAAAGGGUUAGGUAGAUCAUGGUCCAGGUGUUCAUGACGUUAUGGCUGGUCAGUGUACAAGAUGUACCGUCAUUAGUGAGAGUUUAAUUCAAUCAAUCAAUCAGUCUUUAUUUUUAUAGCACUUUUCAUACAAAAAAAAGAUGUAGUAAAAGUGCUUUAAAUAACAGAGAAAUAAAAGAAACAAAGAAAAACCUUUAUCUAUCCUAACCCAUAUGGGGGUAGAAACAUGUGUUAAAAUGCAUGAACUGAAAAAGGGCUUGAUUCAUUUGUGCGCACUGAGGGAAUGCCGUUUUAAAAUUCAAGGUAAGGAAACACUGGAGGUUUAAAAUCUAAAAAUAAAGGACAUAAAAUGAAAUUUAAGAAAUAUUAAAUAAAAUUAAAUAAAAACAACAAUGAAAGUUACUAAAAUAAGAGCACCAAAACAGCUCAAUAAAAGAUGAUUCUGUCAUUAAAACUAGAAAGGGAUAAAUGCUAAAAUACUUAAACAAAGACUGUGUCCGAAAUUGAUUCCUAACCCCUAUAUAAGUGACUACAUGGGGGUUAGCACCAUUUUGAGGGGUGUCCGAAACCUAAGUGAUCAAUUCCAAUGCCUUAAUGGGCGACUCAAAAUUUCCCAUAAAGCAUUGCAAAAUGUAGUGACCAUCCGAUGAUCACUCACUGGUGGUGGGCAUCCCGUCAUGCACUGUGUCUUGCCAUGUAGUGUCCGAAACCUCCGGUGACUGAGCUCACUACAUAGUCAGCUAUAUAGUAAAACCCCAUAUGGGGGUUAGGGGUCAGGGAUUGAGGGAUUCAUUUCGGACACAGCCUAAGUUAUGAUAUAAAAUUAAGAUAUAAAAUGUAGUUAAUCAGACAUAAAUAAUUACUCUCUGUUUCCAUCAUUAGCAGUUUUUCCCUCUGAUCCUAUGGCUUCAUUGUUUGAACCUCUUUUCACAUGUUAAUGAGGUCAGUCCACUGCUAUGCUUUCCAUAGAACAACUUCAAACUGAGCGAAACAGCAAGAUCUGUCUCUGGUUGAUUAUUGUUCUUGCAAGAUAAGAUUGUAGCAUCCUGGUUAAAAACAACAAGGAUGUAGGAUAAGUCAAACGUUGACUUUACAAAGCACGUUAAGGGGAUUUUAGAGAACCUUUCAAACACGCCAGCUUCUUUUGUGGGUCUGGGGGUCACACAUCAGCUUUGUGAUUUUCGCAAACCUUCUUUUCUCUCUCUAAUAAAACGAAAAUCCUCUUAACAACAAGUUCUGAGGCUUGUAAGUUAACUUUGGACAGUUGACCUCGGUCUGCUGCUGCUGCAGCGUAAAAGUCAGAGCGAGGGGGAUAAUGACAUACGAAUGCUGCCCUUGAACUCGGUAGCACAAAGCACAAGUAGGGCAGAGUUUAACACUGGGUUCUCUCAUAAAACAGUUUGUAGACUAAGUGAAUUAACUUCCCCAAGCACUCCUCUCAACUACGACCACGUGAGAGCUUUGGUGCUGAAUAGACGGAUGAUGGAAAACAUGGACUGCUGACGCUCUAAAGUGGUUUCCCAAUGUGUUGGAUUUCAUGUUUUCUGUUGAAUAUAACUUUUCAAAUAAAUGUGUCAUCCGCUCAAACUCGACGUCAUUGUAGCAGUAAUAAAUGUGAGCAAAUGUUAUGUUAUGUUAUGUUACCAUAGAUACCACAGUUCUUCUUUUCCUGGCCUUUUUUUAGUUAGAUCUCGGGUGAAGAAAACACGGAGGAGCAUGCUUGAUGUGUCUCUCUGCCUCUGCUACAAUGCUUACUCUUUACAUGCAAACUUGUAAAGAAGAAGUGAGAUUUUUAUUUUCAGACCUUUUUAGUCUUCAGACCACGAGCUGUGAGGACGACAGGAUGUGAGACUCUUCAGUGCCAAAUAUAUAGACCCGCAGUGAGAGCAGGUUACUUUUGAUGUUCGAUCAGAAUAGGUGCGUUAGAGCUGACAAAACCUUAUAUAAAAGCUCACUGCGGCCUGGAGGUACUCUGUGUGUUUGGUUUUAUCAGUUGUUGAUAUGUUUACUUAAUCUUGCCCUUGACCGUAAAAGAUAAAUAGAAGGGAGCUUCUAUCAGUUUCAAAAGAGAAACCCGACAGGCAGCAGAGCAUCCUGAAACAAUAAAUCCAAAGGGAUUCACUGUAUGAACACACUGCAGUGCACAAAAAGUAAUCAGCAUGUGUUUUUGUUGCCUCCCCGCCAGGAUGAGGCGCAGCACUGUGUGUGGUACGGGGAAUGUGGAGAGUCAAAGGUGCCCGGGAAAAAGUACAACUGCAACUACACCGGUCCAUCCCGCCCGCUGGAACCUGACGGCUUUGAACUCCUCACGGUACGAACCAAGUCUUCUGAAUGUCUUGGUUGUGUUCAUACUACCAUUUGCAUACUCAGAUUUCUGCUUUUUAAUGGUGUGGGUUUUUUUUUUAAUCGUGACUCACAGUGACGUCAUGCAUUUUGUGUUUGCAUGCAGGAACUUUGUCCGGGAUACGACUAUGGAAACAAGAGCCUCUGCUGUGACACCGACCAGUUGCGCACGCUCAAAGGGAGUCUCCAGCUGCCCCUUCAGUUCUUGUCUCGGUAUGUCCUCGGUUAUAGCAUUAACUAAUAAAGCACAUGACCUGGUUUAUUAGUCAAACAACACAAACAAAAGAGUUUCUGUCAGUUGUAAUCUUCUGUGACAUGCGAGCGUUAAAUUUGCAUGAUCUAAAUAUGGAUGAAACGCAAACUGACUCACUGACCAGGCGACUAUGAUUCCCCAUCAUAGGCAUGUUUCUUAUCUUUAUAGAUCUUUAUUUACCACAAUGUAUUCAUCAUUGCCUUGUUUUCUACACGUACCUUCACACUUUAUUACUCUAUAAUACAUCUACAAUAAUCCACUUCUCUUCUUUUAUGUUCCUCCCUUCUGUGUUCAGGUGUCCCGCAUGUUUCUUCAAUCUGAUGAACCUCUUCUGUGAGCUGACAUGCAGCCCCCAUCAGAGUCAGUUCAUGAACGCUACCAAGAUUAACGGUACCAAUGUGGCUGAAGUCCAGUACUAUAUUGGAAAGACAUUUGCGAAUGGUGAGUUCACUGCCUGGUUAAAACUUGUGUGUAAAAAUGCAGCUGUACCCGCAUUACCUUUGUGGUGAGUUACAUCUGCUGCAGUUCCCUUCGUAAAAAUAAAGCAAGACUCCACUUGUGCAAAUCUGUGGUUGGCACACAACACUUUGAACGUUCCUUUUUUUUGUCAAAUGAAAAAAGUGAACUUGCAGUUUUAUGACAUGGAUCAUCGAUUGAGCUGUGUUGUUUUCCUUUUCAGCCAUGUAUAAUGCCUGUAGGGAUGUCCAGGCACCAUCCAGCAACGUUAAGGCGUUAUCUAUUCUAUGUGGGAGGGAAGCAGUAGACUGCAAUGCUACAAACUGGAUCCAGUAUAUGUUUGAUAUCAAUAAUGGACAGACUCCAUUUCCAAUCAUCCCAAUAUUCUCAGGUAAACCAAUGUUUUGAUUUUGUGUAUUAGAUCACACCCCUACAGCUGGGAUGCCAAUUGAUCUUUACGUGAUGUUAUGUUGUAUCUUCACCCUAGAUGCACCAGUGUCUGGUUACGAUCCCAUGAACAACAAGACAUACGACUGCACAGAGGGCCUGGAGGACGGCUCAGGCUCCUGCUCCUGUCAGGACUGCUCCAAAGCCUGUGGCCCCAAACCUGUGCCUCCCCCUCUGCCUCCUCCCUGGACAAUCCUCGGCAUAGAUGCCAUGACUGUCAUCAUGUGGAUCUCUUACAUGGCCUUUCUGCUCAUCUUUAUAGGGACUGUAGUAGGAGCCUGGUGUUACAGGUAAAGGAGUGACUAAUCUUUUAUUCAGAAACUCAUACUAGUUUCUGAAACUUCACUUUAUUGUUGUUUACUGCUUUGGUGUUUAUAAAAAACUUGGCUUGUGUUGUUGCGUACAGGAAAAGGACCAUCAUGUCUGAGUACGGCCCCAUACUUGACAGCAAUAAUCCGUUAUCUCUUAACGGUGAUGACCCCAACCAAGGUAUGUUGAUGCAGCCAAACUGCUUGUUUUAGAGAAUGAAUAUAACUGUGUCUAACUCUGAUUUUUUUUGUGUUUAUAGUGAACGCCUCCUGCUGUGAAACUCUUGGCGAACGCUUCGAGAACAUCCUGCGAACCAUCUUCAGCUCUUGGGGUUCCUUCUGUGUGCGGUAUCCCUCUCUGGUCAUACUGGGGAGCCUGAUUCUUGUAGUGGCCGCCUCUGGGGGUCUGGUCUACAUGAAAAUCACCACAGACCCAGUGGAGCUGUGGUCAUCUCCCACUAGCCAGGCCCGCCAAGAGAAGGACUACUUCGACAGCCACUUUGGACCCUUCUUCAGAACCGUUCAGCUCAUUAUCACCACGCCACUUAAUGACACCUUCAUGUACUCCCCGUACCCCAUAGGAUCAAAUGUCCCAUUUGGAGCCAUUCUGGACAAAGAAAUCCUGCAUCAGGUGGGAUUAUUUCCUGUGUUUUCAGAUUAGAGCCCCGUUUGUGUUUUGUAUGAUUAUACGUCUGUGGCCGGGUCGCAUUGAAACUCUGCACGUGUAAAGCAGCUGCAUCUGUGAAACUCUGGUUUACCAGUUCUUGUUUUUCCUCCCAACUAUAACCAACCAGGUGCUGGAUUUGCAGCUCGACAUAGAAGCCCUAGUGGCCACAUAUGAGGGCGAAAAUGUCACCUUGAAAGAUCUCUGCUUGGCUCCACUGGCCCCUUACAACAACAACUGUACCAUCCUGAGUGUUCUCAACUACUUCCAAAACAGCCAUGCCAUGCUGGACCGCAGCGUAGGAGACGAUUUCUAUGUUUGGGCUGACUUCCACAGCCACUUCCUCUACUGUGUCAGGUAAUUUUUUUUCUGUGUGUCUUUUCCUCUUUACACUCUCUUGUGUUGAACCAACGCGCUGCCACUCAAUCGGGCAAACUAAAUUUCAUUUUGUUUCCUUGUGUUAGACACAGAGGUCCAAAUAAGUGUGAAAAAUAGAUAUGAUAAAAGACAAUCAAUCAAUCAAUCAAACUUUAUUUAUAACUUUUCAUACAUAGAAUGUAGCAUAAAGUGCUGUCCAUUCAAGCAUAUUGAUAUUAAAAACAAUCAAAUAAAUUAAGUACAAAUACAAAUACCAAACCCCAUUCAACUCAUACAGCACUUACACACACAAAUACACACACAAAAGACCAGGUGAGGACUCUUCAACUUUCUACAGAUGACUGAGGAAAUGCUAUCUUGAGUUAAAAAAUGAGGAAACACUGGACUAAAGUGAUAAAACCAUAAUAAAAUAUAAUAAAGGUAAUAAAGGGUUAAAAGUUAAUUCAGUAAAACAGUCUUAAAAUCAAACAAUAAAAAGAAAGAAAAUAAAAAAAGAGGUAAUAAAACAUAGAAUAGUAACUCAAGGACUAAAAUAGGGUGAAAUCACAUCAUGCAGAUGAAAAGAUUAAAACAACACAAACAGUUUUUAGCUCUCUGCAGAAAUCUGAUUUUGGUUCUUGGUCGGGGAAACAUCUGCGCUCGAAUCCUCACAGGUCACAAGAACAAACGUUCAUCAGGUGCUGCUAUCUGCAGUUAACAGAGGUCAUCCCAAAAUAACAAAGCCAUACUUCCUCAUUGGCUGUCAUGCACUCGUUCUGUGUAUGAUUUAAAAUAAGAUCAGAUGAUGCACGGAGGAUUGGGUUAAUUCCAGGACAUUUCUAUUGUCCUUUAACUGUUGUUUUUCAUCCUUCCUCAGCGCGCCAGCUUCCCUCAAUGACACCACCCACCUCCACGACCCCUGUCUCGGCACAUUCGGCGGCCCUGUCUUCCCUUGGCUAGCCCUCGGUGGUUAUGAUGGUGAGUGGGGUUGAAAACGGAGCAUUUUUUGACUUCUUUUUGUGACUUUUUUGUGACCUCUUUUUACAACACGAGGAACUAAAUAAACUUUGCUCUCUCGGUCAGUUAACUUUUAUGCAUCGUUCUGCUGAAUGUGAGAAUGUUUAUCCAGAACUGUCUUUAGCAACAGCUCACAUUGUGCAGUUUUGAACCAGCUAUUUCUGGCAUCAGUCGAGUUUUAAUAUUUGCCAAUUAACUUCUUUCAUCGUUUGCACAAAUGAUCACUUUUAGUAGUCUGAUAAUAGAAUUAAAUAAAGAGCUUAUUAUCUUCUGAUUUUUACAAGAACUGCCUCUGAAAUGAAACCAUGCCAUUUCAUUUUUAUAACAAACUCAUCUUUUGUUUUCUGCAUCCCAGAGACCAACUACAACAACGCCACCGCUCUCGUGAUCACCUUCCCUCUCAACAACUACCUGAACGACUCCGUGAAGAUUGGCAAAGCUCUGGCGUGGGAGUCAGAGUGAGUCAACAGUCUACUUUUAAACAUUUGUCAAAGAUAAUAAUAAUAGAUUUUAUUUAUUACGCACUUUACAUUUAAAAGCAAAUCUCAAAGUGCACAAGACAACAGUAAUAGUAAAAACCAAGCAACAAUAAAUAACAUACAACAUAAAAAAAACAGUCAGCAGAUAAAAUCAGAUAAAAUUAGUCCAGGUAGGCUUUCCGAAAGAGAAAGGUUUUGAGUCCUUUUUUAAAAGAUCUGCUGCUCAUGCUGACUUUGCUGGUACUCAUAUUUUUUUUUUGUCUUGCAGGUUCAUCAGCUUCAUGAAGAACUUCAGCAACCCCAACCUGACCAUAGCUUUCAGCGCGGAGAGAAGCAUCGAGGACGAGCUGGACAGAGAGAGCGCCAGCGACGUCAGCACCAUCGUGAUCAGCUACGCCAUCAUGUUCAUCUACAUCUCCUUGGCUUUGGGUCACAUCCACAGCUUCAGGAGAAUAAUGGUGAGAACCCAAGCAUCAGAUUCUUUACAAUACAACACGUCUUGCGUAAUUUUAGUUCAGCGUGUCAGUUAUCGUGAUCCAGAUCUGAAACAGUUUAAGAAUUAUGCAAGAAAUCUCCUCUGUUGUGCGUAAGAGCUGGAAAAAAUGGGUCAGGAAAAGUCACACGACAGGUUUGACAACUUUCUGCCACUCAAGCGAGGAUGAGACCAUGUCUGAUCCUUAAUCUAUUUUUGGUCCGCAUAGGUGGACUCUAAAAUCUCUCUAGGUAUAGCGGGUAUCCUCAUCGUCCUCAGCUCCGUGUCUGCCUCACUGGGGAUCUUCAGCUACGUCGGUAUCCCCCUCACCCUCAUUGUGAUCGAGGUCAUUCCUUUCCUGGUGCUGGCUGUGGGAGUGGACAACAUCUUCAUCAUCGUGCAGACGUAUCAGGUAACCUAGAUUCAACAAGGUGGUAUGUAAACACCUUAUUGCUCAUAUAAAUUUGAGCUUUUCUUUGAAAAGAGAUUUCCAAACAGAUGUGUCGUAUAUUUAUCUGACUUUUUUUGUCCUCACAGAGGGAUGAGCGUUUGGCACAGGAGGAACUCCACCAGCAGAUUGGCCGUAUUCUUGGAGAUGUCGCCCCAAGCAUGUUCCUCUCCUCCUUCUCUGAGACAGUGGCCUUCUUCCUGGGUAAAUUCCCUGAAAACAGACACUGACUCUACAUCGUGAUAUUUCAUGUUUUUGUGUCGCUACAAAAAAAUCUGUACGCAAAUAAAAUUCUCAACGUUUCUCUCUGCAGGAGCGCUGUCCAACAUGCCUGCUGUGAGGACAUUCUCUCUCUUUGCUGGCUUGGCUGUAUUUAUCGAUUUCCUGCUGCAGAUCAGUUGCUUCGUCAGCUUGCUCGGCUUGGACGCCAAAAGACAGGAGGUGAGACGGAGAGAAACAGUGGUUUAGACGAAAUGUGAGGUUUUUGUGAAAACUAAUUUAUCCGAUAUAUCUGCAAAGCAUCGCGGUUAUAAAGUGCAGUGACUGUUUGUUAUCAGCUUUUCCUUUUAACUUCAGGAGCCUUCCUUCAGAUAGUAAACCUGAGCUAAUGCGGUGUGUGUUAUCUGUGUUUCUUCUGAAGGCAAAUCGGCUCGACAUCCUCUGCUGUGUGAAGCUGCCAGAAGGUCAGGAAACAAAAACAGACAGCUUCCUCUUCUGGUUUUUCAAGAAAAUCUAUGCUCCAUUCGUUCUCACAGAGUGGGUGCGACCAAUCAUAGUGAGUAUCUCAGACACGCUCUGGCAGCCAAGCCCAUCUGUUCAUAGAGAGUUCCAUUCCUGGUAACGUUUCUGGUCCUGUUGAUGCAUCGAGUUGGUUUUGAUUUGUUAAGAAGAAAUAAACUGGUUGUUGACUUUAUUGAUGGUUUUUCUUCUUUCAUUUGUCUUUUAGGUGGCAGUGUUUGUGGGCAUGCUCUCCUUCAGUAUUGCUGUGGUGAAUAAAGUAGAAAUCGGACUGGACCAGAAGCUCUCCAUGCCUGAUGUGAGCCUUUUGUUCAGUUUCUAUCAAACUCGUAGCUUUGUGCCUGUUUUCCACAGGAUUUGAAUCAUCAAAAUAAGACAUCCAUCCAGCUACACCAUUACAUAACGAUCACAGACCGUGUUUAUUCGAAUGUCAACAAUAUCCCAUUGUUACAUCAUGCUUUUCUAAUGAUCCGUUUCUCCGUUCAGGACUCCUACGUGCUGGACUACUUCAGGAAUCUGAGCGUGUACCUCCAUACCGGAGCUCCAGUCUACUUUGUAGUGGAGGAUGGUUUAAACUACAGUAGCCCAGAAGGUCAAAACGUUGUGUGUGGAGGAGUGGGCUGUAACAACGACUCUCUGGUCCAGCAGGUCUACUCCGCCUCGCUCAUCAGCAACUAGUAAGUCUGAGUAGAAACUAGAUUAACGGUGGUUUAAGUUGAACAAUUCUGACUAAAGAGAUUUCAUUUCAGAUGAAUGACAUUUUCUUUUUUUUAUUUCCUCACAUCCACUUUUACAGUAAUAAUUCAACAGCCAUUAGAACAAUUCAUUUUACAAGUAGUCUUUGGAAACACUAGCCUUUUGUUUUUGUGGAAAAGUUUAAAAAAAAAAAAAAAAAAAAAAAAAAAACAGACAAAAACAACAACAACCUUAAAAAAUAUUGAACAAACAAAGAAGAUGAAAGAAAAAAAAAACAAAAAAACAUGAAAAGACAAAAACAGUAUAUCAAAGACAAUACCAAUUAUAGGUUAUAAAUUCCCUUUCCAUAAAGAUCCUUCAUCAAUUCAUCAGCACAUGAAAAUCUUCAUCGUUUAUCUCUGGGUAUCGUUUACGAUCUCGCUCAGUACCAAAAACAAACAAACGAAUGACAUUUUCAAGUUGAAAUCAGGCAGCAGGACUUCAAUCUGCUCUGACCUCUCAUUACGUGAUCUAUUCAGUUUCUCCUUCUCCUCUCCCCUCAGCUCAACCAUUGCUUUCACUCCGUCCUCCUGGCUCGACGACUACUUCGACUGGGUGAAACCUCAGUCAACCUGCUGUCGCUACUACAACACCACUGGAGCCUUCUGCAACGCUUCUGGUACCUUUUUCUUUUAUUUUAUCAAAAGUCAACACUCCCUUAUAGUUAUUAUUUCACAAGCUGCUGUUUGACAUGGUUACAACAUUACACCCUAUGUUUUUCAUACACAACACGAAGUGAAACUGAUAGUGUAUCAGGACACAAAGCCGCAAAAGCGUUGAGAAAUUGAGCUCAGUGGGAUUUUUUCUGGAAUAUUUAUACAGUGCUCAGCAUAAAUGAGUACACCCCUUCAGAGUUGUCAGAAAAACUCGAGUUUCCUUUCAAAAUCAACAUUUUCUAUGUCAGAAUAUACAACAAAAUACUCCCCCCAAUUGAAGGCCAUUGAUUGCAAACAAGAUUUUUUAAGUUGCAUACAAAAAGGUAUUAUAGUUUUUCAUCUUUUGGUAAAUAAAAUGUUAUGUUAAACUCAGCUUUGUCAAAACUUUGGAAACUGUACUUUUGCUCAUCUAGUUAGGACGUGUACUGACUUACACUGGGCACUGUAGUUACAGAAGAAAUUAACCCAUCUUUGACAUUAUUCAACACCUAUAUAAAUAUAAAUAAAUUGUGUUUUUGAGUUUUUACAUUCAGACUAUCAAAAUUGAUUCUUUUCCAUGUUUGCUUUUAUUUUAUUGCUUCUUUUACAAAAGUAUGUUUUUUUUUCCCUUCCUGUUGGUGUUAAUAGAUAAUUAUAUUCCUAAUACUAUCUUCCAGUUGUGGACCCCUCCUGUGUUCACUGUCGGCCCAUGACUCCCAGCGGGAAGCAGAGGCCAGAAGGAGAGGACUUCAUGCACUUUCUGCCCAUGUUUCUGUCAGACAAUCCUAACAUCAAGUGUGGAAAAGGGUAAUUUUACAGUCCUGCUGAAACGUUUCUUUCCUUUUUAUUCAAAACACAUGACACCAAACCGACAUGACAUUAGAUUACUUUCUCUUCGACUUAUUCCCCGUGACUCAGUGCCACUUUUGUUAUGGCUGGUAAUUUCCCCUUUUUCUCUCUCUUUCUCUUUCACAAUCCUCCUCUAGCGGUCACGCAGCCUACGCAACAGCGGUGGACCUCUAUCCUGACAACAAAGGGGUCGGGGCGACUUACUUCAUGACUUAUCACACCAUCCUGAAUGAAUCCUCUGACUUUAUACAUGCCCUGAAAAUGGCCCGAACCGUGGCUCACAACAUCAGCCAGUCCAUGGACCACAAAGUGUUUGCCUACAGGUCAGUACUGCAGUACAUGUAAUGCUCUUUAUCCUGAAUAGUAAGCUGUAUAAACCACCGUCACUGUUGUCUUUGUAGAAGUAAUUAUGUACGUAUAGUUCCCAGUCAGAAGUUUUCUAAGGUGAAAUACUUGGAGGUUAAGUUUUGCUUGUUUUGGACUUAAUGUUCAAGGGUACUGAGGGUGAGAGAAGUGGGUCAGAGAUAAGCGUUCAGUAAAGAAAACAUAAUAAAAAGCUUAACAGUCCUGAGCUCUGAAAUGAUCUAGAUGUACCUUGUAACCUGCAAAAAGUGGAUUUAGAGGUCCUGGCUGAAAAAAGAGAGCAGAUAUUUACAGAAACACUUAGUAUUCAUAUAUCAGCACAGAUUAAACACAUUACACUCUGUCUAUUUCAAAGUAUAAACUGCAUCCAAGAUGUUCAAAUUUCAAAAACCAACAUUCCCUAAAAUGGAUUUUCCUCUUUUGCAGCGUCUUCUACGUCUUUUACGAGCAGUACCUCACCAUCGCGUACGACACAGCUCUCAACCUCUGCGUCUCGCUGGGAUCCAUUUUUGUGGUGACGACGGUGUUGCUGGGAUUUGAGCUGUGGUCGGCCUUGAUGGUCACCAUCACCAUCGCUAUGAUCCUGGUCAACAUGUUUGGCGUCAUGUGGCUGUGGAAUAUCAGCCUGAACGCGGUCUCGCUAGUGAACCUGGUCAUGGUGAGAGGCAACAUGGAACAUGCAUCAUAUAAUAAAACGUGAUCUUGUAGAUAAGGAGACAUUAUUUGGAGUAAAAUGGGGAUGUUCUUUAUUUAUACAAAACAUAGUAAGUAAAAAGGAAUUAAUGUAUUUUGAUGUGGGCACUUCCAGCAGAAGAAGAAAAAGGUCUUAUCAGUGAGAUUAUAUGGGACAGGUUGUGCGUUUCUAUGUUUUAAUCCUAGUUGUACCUUUAAACUUAGUCCAUGUUUACGUACCUCGGCUGGUCUUGUGACCCUUUUUUGCUGCCAACUCUUCAGGACUUAGUUUUGCAAUUUCAAUUUGUCUAAAAGUUUCACAACCUCAAUGUCACAACUCCCAGGGAAACUUUCUCUCUCAACUGUUAACAACUCUCCGAAAAUAUACAGGAGCAAAAAUCUGAACUAAUAUGAGUGUUUUUUCUUCUGUUGCAGAGUUGUGGUAUCUCGGUGGAGUUCUGCAGUCACAUUGUUCGAGCUUUUUCCAUCAGUGUGAAGAAGAACAGGGUGGAGAGGGCAGAGGAGGCCUUGGCUCAUAUGGGCAGCUCUGUAAGUCUACCUUUACCUCGUAUCAAGAGGAAACUUAUCAGUAGAAGUUUAUAGAUGCAUCCAGGAAACAGGAAUAUUUUAGGUUUUUUCCUGAAGUGCACAGAUACACGUAUCUGUGCUGUGAUCAUUCUCAAAAUCAAAGUUGGAGAAAUCAGUCUAAUAACAUCAACAGACACCAUUCAAGGCCAACCCACACAAACACAAAGCUAGUAACACUGAGGGCUUUAUUUUCGUGCACGCCGGCGACACGGCGGAGGGUGGCAGACCCUACGCAGUGGUAUUUUUGUCUGGCGGAGCCCUGCAUACAGCCAGUUUGGUAUUUUGGUAGACUGAGGUGCACCGAGGCCUGCCAAGGUGGGCGUGGUGGCGCGGCAGGGGAGGUGUCGACAGAAUCAGCUGGCGCACACCAGAAUACCAAAAUGUGCUUGGGCACUUGACUUUCACCACGCCUGCGCCAUGACACCGGCGAGGCACGAAAAUAGAGCCCUAAAGUUUUAUGACUAGCAUACUGAAGAUACUUUUCUGUUUUGAUUUGCUCCAGGCCACAUGCUUUUCAGUUGACUCAAACUUUAUUCGUCUUUGAAUGUCAUUUAAUGAUGUUGUUUCUUCUUCAUAGGUGUUUAGUGGAAUCACACUCACAAAGUUCGGCGGGAUCCUGAUCCUAGCACUUUCUAAGUCUCAGAUCUUCAAGGUCUUCUACUUCCGGAUGUACCUAGCCAUAGUGCUGCUGGGGGCCACACACGGCCUCAUCUUCCUCCCAGUACUGCUCAGUUACAUCGGUCAGUAAUCAGUUUUGAAACAUGCAGAAUGAAAGAUUUUCAGAUUUGUAUUUAACGUCAAAUCUUUGUGUUUUUUUCCUCCUCAGGUCCUUCAGUAAACAAAGCAAAGGUGUUUGCCGCUAACAAACGCUAUGUUGGUACAGAAAGGGAGCGCCUCCUCAACUACUAG